UUUAGAGUGAAAUAGAAAUCAGGCACCGAUGGAAAGCAGCUACCCCGGUGCCAAAGCCGUUUUUCACGAUGCUUGGCUCUUCCUAAGAAUCGAUAGUUGACUUCGCAGACCAGAACCGGCGGUGUUUAGUCUACCCAACAUGUCCGGAAUGGAUGGGAUCUAGCACAACGUUUUGCUAGUCUCCCUGCGCUCCCGGAUCCCACCCAGCCAGGCCCUGGAAGAACGAGCAAGGUCUCGCGCCUUCUUCCCCAGCGCCGCUGAUCAUUUCCCCUGUUUCUGCGAGGGGUUCCCCUCCCUGCCGCAGUAAGUAGGCAGGUCCGGAGCAACGUGGCACUCUUCAGUCCCGUCUGCCGACGACGGAAAGAAAACAAAAACUCAAGACCCAAACGUCUGUGCGCUUUAGGGAAAGUUAAGCUCUCGCGGGCCUCGAGCUUCCCGGGGCUUCCGAAGUAGCAACAUUUUUGCUCCUGGCUCCGUCCUUCUGCGGCGGCGCGGGCAUCCAGGAUGCGAUCCUGGAAAAUCGAGAGCUUUGCCCCGGGGGCCUCCCAGCAGCAAGCCACCUAGCGUCGGAAUGCUGGACGUCCCUUCAUUCUCGCCGCUAAAGUCCGUGGCUGGGAAGCGCUAAACUGAAGCUUCGAUCCCUAGGGGCUGCUGGGCCGGGCUUUCUCUUUUCGUCCACUCUAGAGUUGGGAAGCAAACUUUUUUGGGGGAGCUGUGUGCGCCACUUCCAUCAGCAUGGGACAAGCAUUGUUCAUCCUCCUGUUGACAUCAGCAAUCUCACUCUUUGGAGGACUGAUCUUUGGAUAUGAACUUGGAAUCAUCUCAGGAGCACUGUUGCAGCUGCAGGUGGUUUUCCAUCUUCGUUGUAUUGAACAAGAAGUCCUCGUGAGUGCCUUACUCAUUGGAGCUCUCAUAGCUUCUUUGGUUGGAGGAAUCUUUAUUGACCGGCAGGGAAGACGGAAAGCAAUAUUGGUCAGCAAUGCUGUUUUGCUGUGUGGCAGUCUCAUUCUGACACUUGCUAGGUCACUUAUUUGGCUGGUGGGUGGACGACUGACUGUAGGUUUUGCCAUUUCUUUAUCAUCUAUGGCAUGCUGUAUAUAUGUCUCUGAAAUGGUGGCUGCCCAUCAGCGAGGGCUAUUGGUAUCCCUCUAUGAAGCUGGCAUCACCAUGGGCAUCUUACUUUCAUAUGCACUGAAUUAUAUCUUUACUGACACACCUGAGGGAUGGCGAUACAUGUUUGGCUUGGCUAUUGGCCUGGCAGUCAUCCAGUUUGUCAGCAUCCUGUUCCUCCCCAACAACUCCAGGACUUUCAAGGUAUACUACAGUAUGACUCAUAGUAACCUCAUUCAAUCUUCUAAGAAUGAAGACGGUGAAGACAUAAUAUUGCCAUGCCCCAUGGAAAAGAAUUAUUCCCAUGUAGAUCUUUUCAGAUCAAAGGACAAUAUGAGAAACAGGACUUUUGUUGGCCUAGGAUUGGUCCUCUUUCAACAGUUCACUGGACAGCCCAAUGCCCUCUGUUAUGCAUCUACUAUUUUCCGUUCUGUGGGAUUUCAGACUGAGUCCUCUGCUAUCCUAGCCUCUGUUGGUCUAGGGGUGAUGAAGGUUAUUGCAACUCUGUUUGCCAUGUUUUUUGCAGAUAAGGUUGGCCGAAGGGUAUUAUUGAUGGCUGGAUGUUUGGUGAUGGCUUUUUCAGUUAUGAUUAUUGGCCUGGCCAGCUGCUCUGUUCCAUUAGUUAUGAUUAAAGACUGUGAAACACUCAUAGAUUCAAACAAUACUUCCUUCAAUUCACCUCAUCUCCACAUAAAUCCAGUGUCUCCCCAACCACCUGCUUCCUAUUUCUUAUUGACAAAAGAUACUAGUGAAAUACAAGUUGAAUCAACUUUUGCUAUCAUGAGACCAGCAGUCAAAACGCUUACCAAUAAUAAAAGUAGGGAGAAAAGGGCAACCAUUACAUUAGAAAAUGAGCAAACCCAAUUUCUCAUCCAGUCGGUGGAAGAAAAAGAAAGGGAUACCAAUUCUUCAAUCAGUGGGGCAUCUUCCAAGGGACACAUGCUCCUAAACUGGAUUACACUCCUGAGUUUGAUGGCCUUUGUAAGUGCAUUCUCAAUUGGAUUUGGACCAAUGACAUGGCUUGUACUCAGUGAGAUCUAUCCAGCUAGCAUACGAGGAAGAGCUUUUGCAUUCUGCAAUAGUUUCAACUGGGCUGCCAAUUUACUGAUCAGUCUUACAUUCCUUGACCUCAUUGAUGUCAUCGGCUUGUCGUGGACCUUCUUUUUCUAUGGACUGGUGGGAUUGGCGGCUGUACUAUUUAUUUAUUUAUUUGUACCAGAAACCAAAGGACAGUCUCUGGAAGAGAUAGACCAUCAGUUCUCAAAGAAGAGGUGCAAGAAAGUAUUUCACAUUUGUAGAGGAUCAGUUAGGAAAACCUGCUCUUGUUACUCAUUCAGCUUAUUCAGAAAGAACCAAUUUUGGCAUUCUUCAGCUUGGCACCCUUCGGAUCUUUUAGAAUAUGAUACAAAGAUACCUGGAGGAUGCUGGAUAGAAGGAAGGCUGCCAUACACCAUCCCACAGAGUUCAAGAAUCUGAUUUGCCAAGGCUGUGAACUUCAUGGAGAUUCUUCAUGGAUUUAAGGGAUUUUCUUCAAUUUAGAGAGCUACCUUCCAUACCCAGAAGACAGCACAUGGGUUGGUUAUGUGCUUGUUCCCCAUCCAGUUUAUAUCUCCCUUGCAUGUAUAAAUUGCAACCUUUUAAAAUACCCGAAGAAGACUGAAGCUAUUGAGAACACAAGCCUAAAGCAUCAUCUGAAGCAGCCUAAAGAGAUAGUUCAAGGUGAUACACUAUGCUUUGUGUGGAUAAUGAAUGGUCUAUGAGCGGAGAAGCUGACAAAUUGCUGCAGAACAUUACUUUUAAAAUUAUAAACCUUAUGUUAUGUAACAGUUUUCAACCCUGGGUAGCAUAACUGAGCUAUAUAAACUAAAAAUAUCCUACUACAAAGGUCCCCAGUUGUAUCACAUAAUCUGUGCAAUCUACAAUGCUCUUACCACUUUCAAGCCAGGAAUUCAAAUGUGUCACUAAAGAACCUGUUGCCCUCCAUUAAUCACAAACUUUGCUGUUAUGAGUUAUUUGGGAAAGAAAAAUCAAAUUACCUGGGUGAUCAUGCAAGGAUAAGGUGUUUUCAAACCCAACAGAUUUGGCCAAGCUGGUAAUGAAUUGUAAUAGUAGCUGGUAAUGAAUAGUAAUGGUAGCUUAUGUCUCCCCUGAGUGCUAAUAAGCCAUAAAAUGCCCCAUUGACAGAAGAGCUGUUGAGUAAGUCUGAGUAAUAAACAGCCUCAACUAUUCAUGACAUUUAAUGUAAGUAUAGCUGCAUUAGAUGGCACAGUCUUUUUGGAAGAGAAAUAUUUUUCUCAGUUACUCAUUUCUCUCAUGCUUUUGUUUAUAUUCAUGCAUGGCUCUAUGCUACGGUUACAAUAAGAAGGUUCUUCUAAUAUAAAAAUGAAGAAACCUAAGCAAAACUAACAAAAGAGGAGAAAAGGAAAAAGAAAGGAAAAAGAUAAACAUGAAAUGAACAAAACAGAAUUUAUAACAAAAAACAAUCAUUUUUAAAAAAAAAAACUAUCAUUUUUCUUUAAGAUAAAAGUCUAAAUUAUGCAUUGAUACAAAUUAUUACAACUCAAUUUUUAAAUACUGAGUUAAAACAACACUAGCCAGAAGCACAAUCACACUUUCUGUUCAAUCAUGCCUUUCUGUGAAAACAAAACUCAUUUAAAAACUGAAAGCUGAUGAACUUCACUGAACCAAGAUUUACAAUCGGAUGCACAAAAUAUUUUUAGGACUGCAGUAUCACCUUCUUUGCUGUAGCGCAGCCAUGAUUUAUCCCAAGUUCUUCAUAAAUUGAUACAUUGCAGACCAUUUAAAAAUGUAACUAUGUUUCAUAAAAUAAAGUAAACAUCUUUAAUGCAGCAAAAAUACUUUUUGGGAUUUAUCAGAGUCCUCAAAGAAUGCUCAGUGAAGGUUGGCUGUCAUCCUUUGUAUGCUGGAAUAUAUUUUAAGGAACUCUUGUGCUCAUUUGAUGGUUGUGCCUAAGAGCAGUCCCUUGCUGAAUAAAUAUUAAGAACCAGAUUUUUGGUAGAAUUAAGUUCAAAGAGAUUAGUAUGUUGUUUGGAACAAUGUUAAGCCUAGAAUGCAUUCUAUUAGAAUUAGAGCAUUUCUACUACAAAGGUGCUGUGAUAGAGAAAGCACGCUUGCUAGGUUCCAUCACAUGACAUAUGGAAUAUGCCUACUUUGUUGGCUCAUAUGGGGAUGGAAAGACAUUGUGGGAGAACAGUAGUCCCUCAGAUAACCAUUAAGUGAGGCAAAGCAUGUGGUCACAAAAGAAAGAGCCUUUUCAGUGGUGUUCCCCAUUUGUAGAAUACCCUCUAAAAGAAAUUCACCUGGCAUCAAUUUUAUGGCUAUUUCUGUCCUGGGUAAAAAUUUCCCUGUUCUCCUAUUUUAAAGUUAAAUUGCUUGCUCAAACUAUAUCUUUAUCCUGAUAAAAACAGUCAUUUAAAAAAAAAAUAGUCGGUGGUAUUCAGAUAUGUGAACAACUGGUUCUCUGUGUGGAUGCUGCUUCCAGAAGUCCAUUCUGUGUGUGGGCAACAAAAAAUUAGCUCCCAGUUCUACCGAAUUGGUGCAAACCGGCUGAAUCCCACCACCAAUUUUAGUAAAUGAUGAGCAGAAUUAUGUUAAUUACUGUCUGGUCACCAUUCAGAAACCUGGAUAUUGUUAAAUUUGUCCAAAUCUCUUGAUAUUAUGAUAAGACAAAUCUAUAUCUCCAAAUGUAUUAAUUAGUGCCAGUUACAAAUUAUUUUCUAUAUGGUCAUGCCUCUUACUAUGAAUGAGUGAAGGUUUAAAUAUCUUGGGCAAAUCUGUAAUAAAAUGCUAUCUUUACCUGUAUAAACAUUAGGUUUUCUGAAACAGCAGUGCAUAUAUUUGGAAUUAAUUAUUAUUUAGUCAGGAAAUUUAUUAUAUUUCAGUUUUUGAAGGUAUCAGGUAAAUAUACAUUAAUAUAAUCCUCAGUUUGAUGAAUGAUUUGGGUAAUUAUUUUGGCAGUGCUAUAGAAAUAUUUUGACAUUGUCUUCUUCAAUGAUAUUUUUUUUCAAUUUCUAGUCUAUGAAGAGCCCACAAAUUCACAACUAGACCCCUA